AAUCCCGCCAUGGCGGAGAGAGAGAGAGAGAGAGAGAGAGAGAGAGAGGCGGGGGGGGGGGGGGGGGGGGGGGGAGUGUGGAAUUAGCCAUCCGUCCAUAUCAUGGUUAAUAGCUAGCUACGUGAACAUGGGUCAAGGGAAUGGGCCACCGACACUAAAGAACGAAGAGAUUAAAUUCGAAGAAGUUUCUCUGAGAUUUCAUUCCGCAUGGAACAUACACUCUCUCUACUCCGCCAUUCUUGACUCUGGAACAACGACCUCGUCGUCCAUGUCUUCUCCGCGUCCACCCUGGAACAAGUACAAGUGGAAGUGGCAACAGCAAAAACACAUCAUAUACAAAAAGAAAAAUUAUGGAGAACCCUCUGCUUCCAAUAGAGUAGUAGUUAACUUUCCAAUUUUUGAGGAAAAUCAAAAUAGCGAUGGUGAAAGCUUUGUGGCUGAACUGCUUCGUUGAAAAGAGGAGAAAAAGGGUUUUUUGUUCCCCUAUGGAAUGUUAAUUGAAGGAAUUUCAGAGCUUAUGUAAGACAUAACCAUUGGCUGAUCGCAGUCCACCAUUGCUGACUCUGGGAAUGAGUAAUCAAUCUUCUUCUAUCAGGGGCUCACUUUCGUGCCAUUGACGAGCAGCUUUUUUACUUCUUCCACCCUUCUAUUGUCACAAUUACCUGUUCACUUCAUUGUGUAACACCGAAAACCAUGCUAAUGCACCGUUCUCCUAUGUCAGCUCUCAUAUGUCUCCUCUUCUUCCUUCCUAAUUUUAGUCUCACGAUUGCAGUUAAUUUCCCUGCACGUUAUGCCCCGAUUGAUAACUUUGCCAUUAACUGUGGUUCUUCGGGCAACUCAACCAUGCCAGACGGACGGGUAUGGAUUGGAGAUAUUGGUUCAAAAUUCUCCCAGUUGCAGCAACACAAAAGUAAAUCAGUGACCUCAAAGGCCUUCCGCCAACUCUCUGAUAUUGUCCAUCUUGUUCCAUACAUGACUGCUCGAAUCUCUCGUUCUCAAUUCUCCUAUACAUUUGAAGUCAACCCAGGCCAGAAAUUUGUUCGUCUUCACUUCUUUCCAGUGUCAUAUCCUGGCUUUGAAAGUUCCCAGGCCUUUUUCACUGUAAAGGCUGGUCCUUACACCUUGCUUAGCAACUUCAGUGCUUCACUCACGGCCAGCGCUUUGGGAAAGAAAUCUUUUGUUAGAGAAUUUUGCUUGAACGUGGUUGAAAAUCAAGCAUUAACCAUAACUUUCUUUCCAUAUCCUAGUAGUGCUUCUGAUGUUGCAUAUGCUUUUAUCAAUGGAAUUGAGAUUGUCUCCAUGCCUACUGGUCUUUAUUACACCCAAGGCAAUGAUCCAGGUGCUGUUGUUGUUGGCCAGAACUAUCAAUUCUAUAUUGAAAACAACACUGCACUUGAGUUAGUUCAGCGGUUAAAUGUCGGUGGGAGCUCAAUCUCAUCAAUUGAAGAUACUGGUAUGUACCGGGAGUGGUUAGAGGACUCAAAUCACCUGAUAGAAUCAAGUGUUGUACCAAUGAGUACUGCCAUUCCAGUUGAAUACACAAGCAUACCCGCAUACAUAGCACCCCAAAAAGUUUACCAAACAGCCUGGUCAGUGGGUCCAACCAGAAAUUCCAUCCAGAUGAACAAUUUUACAUGGAAAGUGCCUGUGGAUUUGGGAUUCAUAUACCUCAUUAGGCUCCAUUUCUGUGAGCUUGUGUAUGGGAUAAAAGAUAGAGGCCAGAGGGAGUUCCGUGUCUUCAUAAAUAAGCAGAUAGCUGAGGAUUAUGCUGAUAUUAUCAAAUGGAGUGGUGGAAAUGGGAUUGCAGUGUACAGGGACUACGUGGCUAUGAUGGAGGGAGACAGAACGGAGAGUAAGCGCGAUUUGCUGAUAGCUCUGCAGCCUCACUUCCAUAACGCAGACGCGAUCUUAAAUGGGUUAGAAGUAUUCAAGUUGAGCAAUCCUGACAACAAUCUGGCUGGUCCCAAUGCCAAACCUCUGGUGGAUGCCAAGACAUCCAAGAUGCCAAAGCCUCGAAAAUUUGCUUCAGCUUUUCACUGGGUCAAUGCGAUUGUGAACUGUAUAGUUGUUCUUAUUACUUUUGUCUGCGUCUUUGUUCACCAACUGCGUAUUUGGGCAGAAAACUCUAGGGAGACAAACAUCUCUCAGUCCUUCCCAAAGGAAACUUGUCGCCGCUUUUCGCUUUCUGAGAUGCUAUCGGCCACAAGCAACUUUGAUGAUGCGCUCACCAUUGGUCAUGGCGGAUUUGGUAAGGUGUAUAGAGGGCUUAUCGAUUUAGGGGCCACAACUGUUGCCAUAAAACGGCUAAAUUCCACAUCCAAGCAAGGGGCACAUGAAUUUUGGACUGAGAUUGAAAUGCUCUCAGAGCUCCGCCACACUCAUCUUGUCUCUCUGAUCGGGUACUGCGACGACUGCCAAGAGAUGAUUCUUGUGUACGAGUAUAUGGCACAUGGAACCCUAGCCGAUCACAUCUACAAAGUUGGCAGACAUCACACGGGAAUUUCAAAUUUAAGUUGGGAGCAAAGGCUCAAUAUUUGCAUUGGUGCCGCACGUGGUCUGAACUAUCUUCAUGCGGGUACCCAUCAGAGUGUCAUACACAGGGAUGUGAAAAGCACAAACAUUCUGUUGGACCAGAAAUGGGUUGCUAAGAUUUCAGAUUUCGGAUUGUCCAAAAUGAGCAGCACGACCCAUUCUGGAAGCUAUGUUAGCACAAACGUAAAAGGCACGUUUGGGUACUUAGAUCCGGAGUAUUUCUCAACCCGUAGACUGACAAGGAAAUCUGAUGUAUAUGCCUUCGGGGUGGUACUAUUGGAAGUGCUGUGUGGGAGGCGGGCCGUGGAUAUGAGACUCGAAGAGGAGCAACACAGCCUAGCCCUAUGGGCCCAACAUUGCAUAAGGGAUGGGAUAAUUCAUCAGAUCAUUGAUUCCCAUUUGUUGUCACAAAUCUCGCCACAUUGUCUUAAGUUGUUCGCGGAAGUUGCUAUGAAAUGCCUACAUAGUUACUCAAAGCACCGACCUAUCAUGGAUGAUGUGGUGGGGAGCCUUCAGCUUGCACUGGCGGCACAACAGAGCUCAAGUUCUUGUACUGAGGAGGCUAUCAACAUUGGUGGGGCAGAAAUCAUGCAAAUAACUGGGACUGUACGUUUGGAUCAUGGUACUGAUUUGCAGAGCAUGGAAAGCUCCACGUUUGAGCAGGACUAUACAUUUCUGUCUAGCAUAACAACUAAAUUAACAAACACGAAGUUGGUUCAAAGUAUGACACCUACAGCUAAAGGUAAGGAUCCACAGAGGGAGAAUACGAAUAAGGACAAGAGGGGUGGGUCACCGUGGUGGUUGCUGAAACCGUUUAGGCGUAGUGCCAAAAAACCGAAGGAAAAAAGUUUGGUAGCCCUAGAGGACCAAUGGCGUAGGUUCUCACUGUCUGAAAUUCGAGCAGCCACUAAUAACUUCGAUGAAGAUCUCAUGAUUGGAGGUCCUAGUUAUUUCGACAAAUUAUAUAAAGGCUAUAUAGGGGACAGUAUUUUUGUGUUUGCCAUCAGAAGGUUUACAACAAAUUCAAAUUGGGAGGAUUAUUGUAGGCCUAGCACGGAAAUACUUAAGGAGCUCCAUCAGAAGCUCCAUCAUGUCCAGAUUCCGGUUGGAUACUGCAAUGACAAAGGUGAGAUGAUUGUCGUAUAUGAGUACAUGGGCAAUGGAUCACUCGGUGAUCAUCUGUUUAGAAUAAAUGGUGAUCAUCUUCCCUGGAAAAAAAGGCUUGAGAUCUGCAUCGGUGUUGCACAAGGGCUACAACAAAUGCAUUCCAGUUUGAGUCAGAUAUUAACCCACCAUGUCGAAAUAAACACUAACAAGAUCAUGUUGGACAAUGAUUGGGUUCCCAAAUUCCCAUUGGAUAUCAAUCGGUUUCCCUGUGAUACAGGUUCGAUGUACUCCGAGGUACUGGUUCCUAGCAAUGUGGCAACUAUUGACGAAAGUUUGAUGCCUGUUGUUAGCACUAGAUAUUAUGCACCAGAGUACUUAGCAUCAGGUGGGGUGAUGAAAGAAGCCAAUGUGUAUUCGUUGGGCGUGGUGUUGUUGGAUGUGUUUUAUGGUUGCAAUGCCCUCAACCCUAUUCGGCAUUGUGGUCACUGGACUUCCGUAGACUGCUUCAAAAGUUGCAUGAACAAGAAAUGCAUCGGUCACAUCAUUGACCCCUAUCUGAUGGGGAGCGUGACGCCUGAAUGUUUCCGUGAAUUUGUGAAAAUUAUAAAUGACUGCUUGCUUCAUAAACGGAACAAACGGCCAUCUAUGGAUGACGUGGUGAGGAGGCUCGAGGUCACGCUAGAGCUGCUGGAAACUUCGGGGGAUCAUGCACAGGUCAGGGGUGCAUCCAAGGAUGAUCAAUCGGAGAAGUCAUUCAAGGAAGCUGUCUGUCAGGCUUACAACAAUGCUUUGUUCAAUAACAACGAUCCCUUGUUCAUUGACAGGGAUUACAUCGUCAUGGAUCCCAAUGCAACAAGCUUCUGCGGCCAACUUGAUCAAAAUGAGAUGAGUUACGACCUUUACCCCACCGAUGCUGCCCUUUGGUCAAAUCCUUGGCCUGCUUCUGAUGAUUCUGAUUAUCAUUCAAGUAAUCUAGCUCGAUAGACCCAAGUUUAAAUAGCAAAGAAUGAAUAGUUAAACAGAAGACAAAGGUUUAAUUCAAAAUAGAAGCUUACUCGUGGUGUAGUUGUGGAGGAAUAUGUGGUUGGAAAUUUUCUUUUGCUUUUGUGGUUAUGCCUCCUUGUGUUAAUUGUUAUUGUGUGUACUAUGAAAAGUGUUAGAAUGAUUAGAAGUAAAGAAGUUCGUGAUUUUUAUGACUUACCUAGUUGGUUCA